GCCGUAUCCAAUAGCAACGCGGCGUUUGGCGGCGCGGCCCAAUCAGCGCUCGCUAGGCGGGCGGCCAUGACAGUGGGCGGGCCGGGGCGGCUCCUCCCGGCUGGCGGCGGUGAAGAUGGCAGAUUUCCUGAAGGGGCUCCCGGUGUACAACAAGAGCAACUUCAGCAGAUUCCAUGCGGAUUCCGUCUGCAAGGCUUCCAACCGCCGCCCCUCGGUGUAUUUGCCCACCAGAGAAUUCCCCUCGGAACAGAUUAUCGUGACAGAGAAGACGAACAUCCUCCUGCGCUACCUCCACCAGCAGUGGGACAAAAAGAAUGCGGCCAAGAAGCGGGACCAGGAGCAGGGGGAGCUGGAGGGGGAGAACUCGGCCCCGCCCCGGAAAAUCGCCCGGACCGGGAGCCAGGACAUGACCGAGGACACUUAAAAUUCCCGGGAUUCCCGGGAUUCCCGGAAUUCCCCAGGCUCUUCCCGCUUUUUUCACCCCCCCCACCCCGCUGGGAAUUCCCGGGAUCCGCCCUAUUUAUUUGGGAUUCGCCUCUUUCCCGGUUUUUGGGGUCGCGUUGGUUGGAGCGGGAGAAGCUGAUUCCCAAAAUUCCCGCUUUUCCCGGGAUUCCUGGGGUUUAUUCCCUGGGAGAUCCUGGAGUUCCUUAUUCCCAAAAUUCCCUCUGAGAUCCUGGAGUUCCCGGGUUUUAUUCCCCGUGAGAUCCCGGAAUUCCUUAUUCCCGAGUUUCCCGUUUUUCCUGGAAUUCCCAGGUUUUAUUCCCUGUGCUAUCCCGGAAUCCCUCGUUCCCAAAAUUCCCGUUUUUCCCGGGAUUCGCUCCUGAGAUCUCCCAGGAGAACUCAUUCCCAAAAAUUCCACUUUUUCUGGGAGAGGGGAAUUCCUGGGAUUUUUUCCUGCUCAAUCCCAGAAUUCCUCAUUCCCAAAAUUCCCCUUUUUUCUGCGAUCUCCUCCCUUCCCAAAAUCCCCUUUUUCCCGGGAUUCCCCAGAUCCCUUCCCUGUAAAAUUCCAGGAUUUUUUUUCCCCCCUUCACUCGAGGAAUUCCCAGGAAUCCUUUGGAUAUUCCCAAACCACGACCGAGGCCUUUCCCGUUUUUCCCAGAAAAUUCCCGACCUUUUCCAAUCAUGGCUGGAGCCAAUUCCUGGGAAUUUCAAUCCCGGGAUUUUUUUGGGGGGGUGGGGGAGGGGCCGGAUCCGUGGAUUUUUUUUUUUCCCCACCCUCUGGAAAAGCCGGAAUCGUCAAUCCUUAAAUCCCGAGUUUUUCCCGGGAUCCGAGGGAUCGCUCGGAAUUCCCAAGGGACGGAGCCGGGAGAGGACUGGGAGCGGCUCCGGCCUCGGAUCCGGGAGAAUCCCGGGUGGAAUUCCGGGAAUCCUGGAUGGAAUUCUGGAAUCCCGGGUGGAAUUCUGGGAAUCCGGGAUGGAAUUCUGGGAAUCCCGGGUGGAAUUCCGGGAAUCCUGGGUGGAAUUCCGGGAAUCCUGGGUGGAAUUCUGGGAAUCCUGGAUGGAAUUCUGGGAAUCCCGGGUGGAAUUCUGGGAAUCCCGGGUGGAAUUCCAGGAAUCCUGGAUGGAAUCCUGGAUGGAAUUCUGGGAAUCCUGGAUGGAAUUCUGGGAAUCCUGGAUGGAAUUCCGGGAAUCUGGGAUGGAAUCCCGGGUGGAAUUCAGGAAUCCACGACGGAAUUUGGGAUCCGAGAUGGAAAAAUCCAGGAGGGAAUUCCGGGAAUGGCGGAGCCCGACCCAACGCUCCCGAAAUCCUUGGGAUUGAGACAAUUCCCAGCCGCCUUUCCGGGACCAUCCAGAGGCUCGGGAUUCACGGAAAACCUCGGGAAAAGCCGGAAAAGGACGAGAUUAUCCCAAAAUUCCAGCUGCUUUUCCAGGAGGAGCCGAUUCCCGCGGAAAUCCCGGAAUUCGGAGCCGUUUUCCUUCCCUUUGCCGUGAAAUCCGUUGGGAUUUUUCCAGGAGAUUCCC